GCAACAAACGUAGAAGGGAGGGGGACGAUCCCGUGGACCGACCGAAGUCAGUUACCGGUCAAGCGUUGCUCUAUGCAGAGGUGAGUGAGUAACCGAGUUGUCAGACAGCAGUUUCGUUCCUUGGUUUGUGAAAAGGCCAAAAAUAGCUUGGAACGCUCAACUUUGCCCUUCUCGAAAGGUGUUGGAAUAACAUUUGUGGUUCAGUGAACUGAAGCUUACACCUAACCACCAUUUGAUCUUGGGCCUCAGGAUUGGGCCUCAACUGAUGCGAAUGCUCCAAAAGCCAGGUAUGAUCCCGGCUUACUUUCAUACCGUCGGCAGACGAAAACAAAGUCUUUGAGUGACUCGCGAGACACUCUCUAGGUGGUAACCAAGGUGGGAGAGGACGAGGUGGCAAAGGGAUGAAAAAGUCCACCCAAGAGUGAAGGCAAUCAUUUUCGUCCUUGCGAAUCAAGUGCAUCAUCAUUAUUAUCAGCAUCGGAAAUCAAAUCCACAGAGGACUCGUUCUGUGCGCACACGUACAUCGUGGAAAGGAUCUUCGGUGACUUGGUCUUGUUUUUGGGCGAAAGCGAAGAAGUGGGGGAAAAAAAGGAAUUCAGACCGGGAAGAAAUCGAUUUGAGUGACUGAUGUUUAUAAGGAACGACUGGGGAACAUAACAAACUUGAUUGGGAACUCCAAACAAUCGAGACCAAGACAGUGAGUGAGUUGGUUAGUUCGUUCGUUCGUUCUGCAAACUCAUUUAAAUGAAAGCUUCGGGGACACAGAUUUGCCUGAGAUAUUCAAAUCUUUGGGGACACAUUCGAGGUUAAGAGAGUGAGGCUAAGCGAGCGAGAGCAAGACAGAGACCUUCAACAUGUAUUUAUGGAACUUCAAGGCCUUCAUGCUCUUUGCGGCAUGUGCGACUGGCGGCUUCAAGACUGCCCUCGCCCAAUUGACCAAGGGAGACGGAACGGACAAUGGGAUUGCCCCUCAGAAAUUCCUCCGUCAACCCGCAGAUCAGACCGCCAUCCAAGGCGAGCACGUGACCCUGCCUUGUCGUGUGGAGAAUAAGCUGGGAAUGCUUCAAUGGACCCGGGAUGGAUUCGGGCUUGGAACCGAAAGGAACCUCACUGGAUUUGACAGAUACCACAUGUCUGGCAGUGACGAUGAGGGUGAUUUCACGCUUGACAUCGAUCCUGUUGUUCUGGAAGACGACGCCUUGUUCCAAUGCCAAGUGGGGGCUGCUGAAGGGGUGGAUCCCAUUCGGUCUUCUGAUGCCAAACUCACAAUUCUCGUCCCACCCGAGGCACCAGUUAUCCUCAAUGGGCCAGAAAUGAGGACCACCGAGGAUCGUGAGGUCGAAUUCGAGUGCAUAUCCAGAGGUGGAAAACCAGCGGCUGAGAUCACUUGGAUUGGUGGUUCUGGUACCGUCAUCGAGACUGGGAUCACCAAAACGACGAAUGACGUGGAAAACACUAAACGGCUGACUACCAUCUCCAAGUUGAAACUCACGGCCAAGAAAGCCCAUCACAACACCACAUUGACCUGUCAGGCCCAAAACUCGGCCGAUCGACAGCCGAAAUCCACCAGUGUGUUCCUAACUGUGGAAUAUGCCCCGGAUGUGACCGUCACUGUGGAUCACACGCCUUUAUACGAAGGAGACACGGCAGUUUUCACUUGCACUGCCCACGCCAAUCCUUCAGAUAUGUCCUAUAGAUGGUUCAUGGACAACAAUAUUGUGACGGGAAAUCAUGGGACCCAAUUACGGCUUGAAUCGCUGUCUCGCCAACAAAAUAACAAGAUUGUCAAAUGUGAAGUCAGCAAUAAAAUUGGAAAAAGCGAGGAAACAGAGACCUUGAACAUCAACUAUUCUCCAAAAUUCAUUGAGAAACCAAAAGAUGUUAGUGGUGAACGCGACCAAGAUGCAACCCUCACUUGCGAAGUGGAUGGAAAUCCGGCUACAAGUUACACAUGGUUUAAGAAUGGGGAUUUUCAAACGGUUCGAGGGUACACUUCCAAACUUACGGUCAAAAUAUCAGAAGCUACAAUUGGGAAAUACAUUUGCCGAGCCUCGGUCAAAGAUUUCCAAGAGAUAUCGGCUUCGGCAGAGAUUAUGAUGAAAGGUCCUCCUCACAUCAUUCGCAGGAAUUCCAUUCAAUACGGAUACGAAGGAACUACGAUCCGUCUGACCUGUGAUGCCUUUGCCAUCCCCCCUCCUAAUACAAUCAUUUGGGGAAUGCAUGGGUACUCGUUACCACCGAGUAGCGAUCACUAUGCCAUUGAGGAAGAGGGUCGAAAAGAUGGAAUGAAGAGUACUCUCAUUAUCCAUGACUCGGUGGAAGCAGACUUUGCCGAUUACAACUGCACUGUACGGAAUUCUCAUGGAGAGGAUUCUUUUGUGAUAACUUUAGAACAGCAAAAUAGCCUCCCUAUUGUCAUCAUUUUGUCUGCCAUUAUUGGUGGAAUAAUUCUUACUAUGUUCGUUAUCAUGGUUAUGGUUGUGUGUCGCAAAACCACCUUCACCAUGAAAAGAGAGAAAGCUGGCAAAUCCCUCAAUGGGGGCACAGCUAAAACCAAUGGUGCCACAAAUUCACUUCAUAGGGAGGGAUUGAACAACGGAGCACCACUCCAAGGGCCUUCAGAUAUGAAACCAUUGACUUCUGGACUAGAUAUGGUCGAUGGCGACGAGGAUCAGGCUUGGGAUCACGAGAGUCUGCCUGAAUCAAUUGCCAACGGCCCGAGACUGGUAAAUGGUUAUGGCGACUACAACCAAACUAAUUUGAACCCACUGGAUGGUCAUGUUAUGGGCAAUCAUCAUGCUAUGGCUGGAGAUUUCAUGCCUUCGCAUCCUUCCAACUAUAAUCCAAACUACGGAUACCUCCCCCCUCCCCCUCCUCCUCAUCCUAGUCAUCAACUCAUGGCCCAAGGUAGCACCCACCUUCCAGAAAAUGGCAACCCAUACAACGGUCUCAACGUGAGUGAUCCCAGGUAUUCUGCCAAAUAUGGAAACCCUUACCUUCGGACUUCCAACAACUCCAUGCACGGCUCGCCACAGAUGAAUCUUCGGACUUCGCCUCGCCCAGUUAAAAAUUUAAACAACAACGGAAGACCUUAUGCAACGCUGAAUAAUAGAUUAGGAUCGAACAAUGGAUCAGGAUAUCACCACCAAAGCUACCACGCCGGUCCUCAGGAUUACUCGGGAACCAUGGUGGGCAAUGGAGGGGGUGCCACGUUGAGACGGUCUCAAAAGCCCCGAGAGCAAUCUCAUGUGGCAAAACAGCAAAAAUCUAGUCAAGCCAUUCAAACUCCGCAACAGUAUAUAGUGUCGCCGGAAAAAGAUAGUUCCAAAAACUCCGCAUUGGCCACCCAUGUGUAAUUCUGGGAGGAGGUUUAAGCGGUUUUGAAAACUCACUCGCUCGUGAGUAUCGGAUAAAAUGGUGCAUCAACUAUCAAGAAGCUAAUUUGAUUUAAUCAGUAUUUGUCAAGUGCCGAACUUAUAUCACACCAUUUAUAUAAGACAAACAUGUAUCCAGAUGUCAUGAGACGACUGAGUCUCUGCGUCUGCAUUAUCCACGACGUGAUUGUGUUCCAUCAUAUGAGGUACAGUAUUUUAGAAUUCGUAGAAAUUAGUAGAAAUACAUUCGAAAACUCCA